CUUUCCAGGAAGACUGGAGCCUCUCAUCCUGUGGGUCCUCCCCCCUGUUUCAGUGCUGUGACCUCACUGUUCAACUGGCACUGGUUCAAGAACGCUAAAACACGUGCACACAGCCGCAAACAGACACACAUACACGCUAUAUCAGGGCAGGGAGAGAUUCGCAAAUGACUUCAGCUGUCAGCUCUGGGCUGAGCUGAGAGAGGGGAAGACGGGGGCUUGGAAAUAAGUACUGCUGAAGAAAUCAAAAGAUAAAAAGACAUGCAGGAAAUAGCGGGAAAAUGGCGUGAAGAUCAAGAACACUAACGGUUCCACACAAUAACACAGGAAGAGUGGUGGCAAAGAGGAAAGCCGGUGCUUUUUUCACUCCUCUGUCUGGAUGGUGUUAGAUCUUUCUUUAAAGCUCUGCGUUUCAUCCUGCAUAUGUAAACCAGUGGGCUGUGCUUUGCACAAAAAAGGGUUACCACAGGAAUCGCACAAAAAGCCUAAUUUCAGGAAGAGAAGGAAAAAACAUGUGACACACACAGCUCAGAGACGACAAGCACGGCCGAAAGAGCUCGGGUCUAUCAACCUGCUUUUCUAGAGGAGGGAUGAAUGCUGAAAUCAGAAGAAACGUUCAGUGUCGAGGCUUCAAAGGGAGUCGAUUAUUCAUGCGACUGGGGCUUCUGCAUUUGUGACUUGCCAGAGAUGGGACCCAUGUGUGGUUUCAAGAGGGUAUGGGAACAUGUAGGGAAAAGCUAAAGAGUGCAACCAGUGGACAAACACCCGGGAAGUGCAAGAAAGUAUUUCAGAAUAGAAGGAGCUAUGAGUUUGCCGACUAACUGUGUCUUUCUCACUCCGGCUGACAGGGCUUUCAAAGUCCGAAAUGGGAAUAUCUACGGAUCCCCAUGCGCGGUAAACCGUCCAAUCGACAUCUUGCAGAAACGCAGGCGUUUUGAUGUUGAAAAUGGACCAUCAGUGGGACGAGCAGUUGACUCUCAGGUCAGUCCGAGCUCUGGCCUGGUCCUGCAGGGCACCUUCCCUCACAGUCAACGACGCGAGUCUUUCUUGUACCGCUCUGAUUCUGACUUUGACAUCUCACCAAAAGCCAUGUCCCGAAACUCCUCCACUGCUAGUGAGCUGGAAGAGGGCUUGAAACAGUGGGAAGUCAGUUGUCUGCCUCGACAUGAAGACAUGAUUGUAACACCAUUUGCACAGGUCCUGGCCAGUUUGCGAACAGUGCGGAGCAACUUUGCAGCAUUGACUCAUCUGCAGGAUCGGGGAAGUUGCAAACGGCCGUCGGGCAGUAAUCCUCCCUCUGUGUGCAAGCAGGGUGUGCCAGAUGAGACAUGCCAGAAGUUGGCAAUCGAGACCCUAGAAGAACUUGAUUGGUGUCUGGACCAAUUGGAGACCCUGCAGACACGUCACUCGGUCAGCGAAAUGGCCUCCAAUAAGUUUAAAAGAAUGCUGAACCGUGAACUUACCCAGCUGUCAGAGACAAGUCGCUCAGGAAACCAAGUGUCCGAGUUCAUAUCAAGCACAUUUUUAGAGAAACCACACGAUGUGGAAAUCUUGUCUCCGCCACCGAAGGAGAAGGAGAAAAAACGGCGUCCCAUGUCUCAGAUCAGCGGGGUGAAGAAGCUGGCACACAGCCCGAGCUUGGCCCCUAGCCGCAUCCCUCGCUUUGGGGUCAACACUGAGCACGAGAGCCUGCUGGCUAAGGAACUUGAGGACAUCAAUCGCUGGGGUCUUGAUAUCUUUAAGAUUGCGGAGCAUUCAGGGAAUCGGCCACUGACGGUGAUCAUGUACACAAUAUUUCAGGAAAGAGACCUACUGAAGUGCUUUAAGAUCCCAACAGACACAUUCAUCACCUUCAUGAUGACCCUAGAGGGCCACUACCACACUGAUGUUGCCUAUCACAACAACAUACAUGCUGCUGAUGUACUGCAAUCCACACACGUUCUCCUCUCCUCGCCUGCUUUAGAGGAUGUCUUCACUGACCUCGAAAUCAUGGCUGCUUUGUUUGCUAGUGCCAUACAUGAUGUUGAUCAUCCUGGACUGACAAACCAAUUCCUCAUCAACACAAACUCCGAGCUGGCUCUGAUGUACAACGACACGUCUGUUCUGGAGAACCACCACCUGGCCGUGGGCUUUAAACUCCUACAGGAAGAAAACUGCGACAUCUUCCAGAACCUGAGCAAGAAACAGAGGCUGUCACUGCGCACAAUGGUCAUCGACAUGGUAUUAGCCACAGACAUGUCCAAGCAUAUGAAUUUCCUGGCAGCCCUGAAGACCAUGGUUGAGACAAAGAAAGUGACCAGUCUGGGAGUAUUGUUGCUGGACAACUACUCGGACAGAAUACAGGUUCUCCAAAACAUGGUCCACUGUUCUGACCUCAGCAACCCUACAAAGCCUCUGGAGAUCUACAGGCAGUGGACAGACCGCAUUAUGGUGGAGUAUUUCACCCAGGGUGACCGAGAGCGAGACAAAGGCAUGGAGAUCAGCCCCAUGUGUGACAAACACACUGCUUCCGUGGAGAAAUCUCAGGUGGGCUUCAUUGACUACAUUGUGCACCCUCUCUGGGAGACAUGGGCUGACCUCGUCCACCCAGACGCCCAAGACAUUCUGGACACUUUGGAAGACAACCGCGAGUGGUACCAGAGCAUGAUCCGCCGCAGUCCCUCACCCCCACCUGAGGAACAGGACUCUCAAAGUGCCAUCGGUGCCUCCACCAGCGAAAAGAUCCAGUUCGAGCUGACGUUGGAGGAGGAGGGCGAGUCAGACUCCGAGAUUCCUCAGGAAGCAGAGCACACCGAGUCGGAGAUCUUGGCGACUCGGUGCCGCAGGACGUUUUCUCCUGACACAAUGGACAGAAAGCUGUAAGAGAAUGAGACUAAAGAGAAAAACUGUGCGUAGCUAGAGGCAUGGCACUAAUGACAAGUCUCAGCGAACCUUUACUCCUAAUUCUGUGAUGAACUUAAGUGUGGCUGUAGCAGGCUCCUAUCGAGCAAUGCGCGAUAUACAAGCUAAUGAGAUAACUCCUUGUUUCACCUAUUGGACACACAUUUCCUGUUUUUUUUUUCAUCCUGCCAGAUAAACCUUUUAGUCUUAGCUUCUUAAAAUGCAUUUGUGUCUAGCACACAGGUGGCUGUAAUGAUCACUCAGUGACCGAGGUGAGAUCUGAGGAUGGCUCAGCCUCUUCAGGGUCUAUUAACCGAGCAAGGAGAUCUUCUGAGAAAGAAAGUCUUCCUUCAUAUGAUGUAUAUGUUGUCUAUAGAGGAAAUUCUAAUAUUUAUGGUAAGCUAACAGGAUCGAUGAACUGUU